ACGAGGAACGGCAGUUUGUACCGAAAGCGAGAACGUGGAUGCCUGUGUGCUGUGAGAUAGCAGCGCGAGGACAGGAAAGAAUUAAAGGGGCCGGAGCGCGAGAUGGUGACAGAAUCCUGAUAAACGUGCAAAAUGGCGCAAGCAAAUACGACCCCCGCGAACCACGAAUUGUAGCUUGGACAAGCUAGCCAGAAAGCCGCGUUUCUCUCCGCCUCGCUUCGUUUUUUCCUCAUUCACGGACAAUUUUAAAGUGUUUUAAAUGGCUACCAAACGGCGCCGCCUGGCUGGGGACAUACUUGGACUAUGUCUAAUCGCCUUUGUGGGCAUUACAUCUGGAGCUGAACUGUCCUUCACUAUGGAGCCAAGUGACAUCAUCGCAGUUCAGCAGCAACCCCUGAUGCUGCACUGCCAGGCAGAAGGAAUCCCACCAAUCACAACGCAGUGGAGGCGGAACGGAGCACCUCUGUUGGAGGACGAGAACUAUUCCAUGUUUGCCAAUGGCUCACUUCUGAUUGGCCACUUCCAGAGGACCAGGUCUGAUGGCUUGUCUGAUGAGGGGGACUAUGAAUGCGUGGCCCAGAACUCCUUUGGGCUGGUCGUGAGCCGCAAGGCUAAAGUACAGGCUGCCACGAUGGCGGAUUUCCAUGUGCACCCGCGCUCUGUGCGGGCUGAUCUGUCAGGGCUGGCACGCUUCCAGUGCCAGGUCCACGGCCUACCUGAGCCAGUCAUCAGCUGGGAGAAAGACGGACGCCCCGUGGACACCAGCGACGAGAGGUAUACUCUGUUGCCCACAGGUGUGCUGCAGAUAACGGGUGUUCGGCCAGAUGAUGGCGGGGUGUUCUGCUGCGUCGCCCACAACAGCGCUGGAGUCAAACACAGUGCUGGAGCUCGGCUCACUGUUUCAGGCUCCCAGUCUUCUGUUUACAAAGAUCCCAUGAUCCUGGUUGGUCCAGAAAACCUCACCCUCACCGUGCACCAGACGGCCAUCCUGGAGUGUGUGGCCACGGGCCACCCCCGUCCCAUCGUGUCGUGGAGCCGCCUUGACGGUCGCCCGAUUGGAGUGGAGGGCAUCCAGGUGGUGGGCACAGGGAACCUGAUGAUCUCCGAUGUCCGGGUGCAGCACUCGGGCAUCUAUGUCUGCGCAGCCAACAAACCGGGUACCCGCCUGCGGAGAACUGCUCAGGGUCACCUGGUGGUACAGGCCCCAGCUGAGUUUGUUCAGCCUCCCCAGUCUAUCGCACGUCCAGUAGGCACCACGGCCAUCUUCACCUGCCUGGCCCAGGGGGAGCCCUCGCCCCAGCUCACCUGGCUGAAGAACGGUCAGAUCCUGGAGCCUGGAGGCCACGUCAAGCUCAGGAACAACAACAGCACGCUGACCAUAUAUGCCAUCAGUCAGGAAGAUGAAGCGAUAUACCAGUGUGUGGCAGAGAACAGCGCCGGCUCUUCGCAGGCCAGUGCCCGCCUCUCUGUGCUGUGGGCCGACGGGCUGCCGGGCGCACCCACGGGCGUGCAUGCCCAUGCUCUCUCGCCCACCUCUAUCAGGGUUGCAUGGGAGGAGCCUGCCCAAAAUACCCAGGACAUCAUCGGCUACGUGCUACACAUCCGCAAGACAGCAGACCCAGUGGAAAUGGAAUAUCAGGAGGCAGUGAGUAAGGUCACACUACAGCAGGUGGUGGGGGAUCUGGAACCCUCCACCAGCUACAGCUUCUAUGUAAAGGCCUACACCUCCCGUGGAGCCAGCAAAGCCUCCAGCACCACCCAGGAGAGCACGCUAGGAGAGGUGCCGGCACCCCCAUCUCUCUACACAAAGGUGCUGAACUCCAGUGUGGUGCAGGCGUCCUGGGAGGCCUCCACAAAGAUGGGCCAGCAGGACGGCUUCAGGCUGUACUACCGUGAGGCCCAUGCAAUGCAGUUCACCGGGCCACUUAACUUCCCUCGCAACGUCACCCACUACAGCAUCUCUCUGCUAGACCCAGCAGUGGUGUAUGAAAUCAAGGUUCUGGCAUUCAAUCAGCAUGGUGAUGGCAAUGCAACACUUCGCUUUGUGUCUCUGAAGGAGGCAGUGGAGAAGUCAGUGCUGAAAGCUCCAUGUGACUGUCUGAAGGAGGAGCAGAGUAAGACUUCUACUACUGGAAUCAUCAUCGGCAUCCACAUUGGAGUCACUUGCAUCAUCUUCUGUGUUCUCUUUCUUAUGUUCAGCUACCGUGGCAGGUUAAUGUUGUGUAAGACAGUGCAGGCUGCUCCUCCAGUGGGACGACAUGCGGCAACGGUGCUGGAGACUUCCUCCUCUUCCCAGGGAGCCCCGCCCCCCAACAGCCUGCAUGGCCCCUGCCCCGGCCCCUGCUCUGAGGCCAACGGGGCCCGGCACAGUACCAAGGGCCUCCCUGGCUCGGGUGAGAGGGAGAGGCUCGUCUCAGGUUCAGCCAGUGCCACACAUAUGAUGGAAAACUUGCUGGCCUCAUGUUCACUCAAUGAGACCCAGAUGUCCACGCUUCCCCUGGAUGAUUUCAGCCUGCUGGAAGAGCGUGAGCCGCAGUUCCACCGACGGCCAGCAGAGGCCCAGCCAAAUGAAGGCUGAUGACUUGAUGAAGACUGGAGCUCUAAGCCCUUCAGUUUCACUCAGACUUCUCUCCCUCUCAGGUCAACCGAAGUAUUUCCUAUUUUUAGUUCUCUUUUUAUUGUGCAAAGAGUUUAUAAAUGUUAAGUUCCCAAUGUGGAAAUUGUUGGACUCCUUAACUGGGAGGGCCUCCAUAGCUUAACAGUGGGUGUGGUUCUGUGACAGACAUCUGAGAUUUCUUCAUUGGAAGGUGAACAAAGUGAGGGAUUUUUCUCUACCACCAUUAGAAAAUCGGCAGCACAAAGAGAAAGUACAUCUUCUCUGGCUGUAAAAAAAAAAAAAAAAAAGAAAUCAUCAGAGAUUUAUUUUUUGUCCCGAAUAGCUAUUUUUCUUCCUGUUUUGUUUUAUUAUUAUUAUUUUUUAAAGUCCUGCUGCCUCCUCUCAGCCUACCAAUGACUUCAUAAACCCAUCCAGCAAAGACUAUGGCCUUCUUCCAGGGAUUUAAACUAUUGCUCUGUCUCAGGAUGAUUUUUCCCGUGAUAUCAGUAUAUAUUUUUCUUUAAUCAGUCAUCAGCCUCCAGGAUUUAAGCUUGGCUUUGUGAACCCUGGGAUUUACAACAGAAACCUACCUCAGCCGGAAUGAAUGUGUUAUGGGAAGCUUUUUCGGAUCUAUGUCUUCUAGUCCGUUCUGUUUCUUUUAAGUGUCAAGCAUUCGGUCAAAAAGAAGGGAAACAGGUGUGGUGCUACCUCAGAUGUCAAGAAUACCAUUCUCUCACUCACUGAGGUGAAACGAGGAAGAAAACAAACAACAUAUAGCACUUCCAAACGUUGAAGUCAAUGUUCUACCUCAAGAUAACAAUGCUGUUGUUGUCGUCGUGCUUUUUUUCAUAAUGAAACAUGUAUCCUCUUUCUUUUUGUUGUUGUUGUGAGAUCCUGGCUUCCCCUCCUCGAUAAAUUGCUGUGUUUGGAUAUGUCAGUACCUCAUGCAAGUUGACAGAUGACAUCAUAUGAAUCCUACUUUUCCAUUGUGUGCAUUGUAUUUUUGUAGGAUUUUUUUGGGGGGGGUUUUGUUUUGUUUCCACAUACUGUUUAACAUGGUAGUUUUUUUCAGCUGGAUGAAAGGACUGUUAGAAAUGCAUUGCACUGCUACUAAUGAUUUCAGGAUAAUUUUUUCUGCCAUUCACCAUGUUAUCCCAUGUACACAGAGUAGAAGGAAGGCCUAGCUAUAACAGCGUCGAACCUGCAUUGACUUAUCCUGUAUGUACAUACAAACACCUGUGUGGUGGACCUCUGUAAUUAUAACGCGUGACAGAGACCAGAGACAGGAAAUACUUCAGUAUAUGUGUAUAUAUAUAAUGUACUUAAGAGAAUUAAGCACAGAUUUAUUAUGGAACCUGCCAGGGUGUUGAUAUUAGGUGGUGGUAAUAUAGACUUGCUGAAAAACAUUUGGCAGGAUAUCGCUGCAAUAUGAUGUUGACAGUGAAGCACUAGUCAGUGAAUCCCGCUGAGAGGCAUUUAAUCAGGAAUAAGAAAAAAAUCCAAUCAGCUUGUCCUGCUAGUUCAGGUAGGAGGUUCAGGGCCUGCCACUUACGCUGGUUCUUCCCACACACCAUUCCUUGGAAGAGCAGUUACAUAUGAGCUGCAGGUGACACUCCCCAUGUUCACAAACAUACAGUGACACAUGGUGCUAGUGGCAUUCCCACAUGAUACACCCUAGCGAACAUAUGUCCACAUAUGCUAGGCUGGCAUACCAUGCUCAGUUGAACCCAUACAGAAGGAGUAGGUGUCCCACGUGUGUGCUCACGUUUUUGACCUCGGCCCCCGUGGCAUUUAUGUUAUACUGCAUUUAACCAGAUCACUUUUGUGGUUGUACACACUGGAAUAGUAUGUAAGUGACUAGAACACUGUAGUGUGUACUGCAAAAUAAAAAGUGGAAUAAAAUCUUUACUGGAAAUAGUCAUAGUUAUUACCUGUAGAACUUGUUGUUGUGAAGACAAAGCAUCGUCCUAGUACCAGCAUUUCUUAACAGCAAAAUGCAAAAUCAUUUGUUAUAUUGGCCCAAACAAUACUAGGUUCUGUAGCUCCAAUUAUUAUACUGAGUGUGAAGCUGCUGACAAUGAGAUCGAAAGGAAAACAAAUUUAAAUCUAAUCGUAGAAAAGUCUGAAAUUGUAAGUUAGAGAGUGAACUUUAAUCCAGUGGCAGUUAGCAUUACAUUGGUGACAGUUACUGGAGUUUUUCCACAGGAGGAGGGCUUGCCUUUUUGUGUCAUCAGGCAUCUCGUCCUUUGUGUUCCCAUGGAGCCAGGCAGGGCAGGGGGGGUCAUCAUAUGCAUCUAAACCAAUUGCAUGCUGAGAAGCCCAUUCUGUUCUCCUAGCAGUAGCCGCUCUAGUGUCAGUUGAGCAGACAGUGGCCUAAGCUGCUUUUCUCUGCUGUGCCACUCUACUAUUGAUAAAUCUGAGACGCCACACAAGCUCGGGAUUGCGUAAGGGUCACUAACGUCACUGUUCCAUCUGCCUGUCUGGGGCUCAGCCCUUUCCACAGGGAGGAAAGGGUCUGCUUCCUCCAAGCAGGAAGCAACAUUAGACUGGACCAUCAUCCCCCUAUGAUAUCCCACAAUGCUCUGGUGCUUAUGUAUGUGUGUAUUUUUUCCUACCUCAACACAGGUGUCAUGCUCUCAGGUCAUUCUUCCACUGAGUUUUUGUAUGAUGUGUGUAUGCACACACACACACACACACACACACACACACACACACACACACACGCGCACGCAUGGACACACACGCACACACACACACACACACACACUUUCAGCACAUCAGAAGAGAGGAAUAUCUCUUUUUGUACUUCAAGAAGAUCAGUAAAAUGGAAAAUACGUUGUUCUUUUCUAACUAUAGCUCAUAUUUAUCAAGCAUCUUCAAAUAAAGACACUGAUCUGAGAUCAGCUCUCACCAGUCUCUAUAGUUGUAUUCAGGGCUAUGUAAAUUUUAUAAACUGUCCCCAGAUCAGCAUCUUUACUCUGAGAAGUUUGAUAAAUGUGUGCAUGUUGAACAUAUGAUAAAUAUGUGUGUUUUUAUUUCUUUUAAAUGUUUGUAUAAAUCAUUUUUUAGGUUUAUGCACUGUCUCUCCAUUCUGGCUCUUAAAAGACAUCCCUAUAAUCACAUACAGGAUUAUCAAGCACGCAGGCCAAACACUAAAACUGUCAUUGUUGCUUGUUUAUAACUGAUAUGUGUGGUUGCCUACUAUUUGCAUGUAAAUACUAACAUAAAAAUGUCAUACAUUUAAACCACAAUGCAACUUCUUCGGUUAACAUUUAAAGAAAAACCUUUUGACGACAAGCACGUUGCCACAGAAAACAUGAGUCCCAAAUCAGUGUGCUAAAGCUUUCACAGGAAGAAGUUGCGUAUAUAUAUAUCAAUUUUGGAUUACAUAUGUGAAUUUCUGAAAUUGACUUCUGAAGACUAAAGCGGUGAAGUGUUUACUGUUUUCUCUUUCUUUGUAUAUUAGAUAGCUGAACCAAUCUGUCUGUGUAUAAUAGACUUAAAUGAAAUUGUACCAAACAAGAUGGGGAGACGUGGUUUACUGCCUUGUUCUUAUUGCUAAAAAUUCUGUGUGAACCAUCUGUUGUACAGUUCUAGUGCACAUGACACUUCAGGAAAAUUGCUGUUUUGUUUCGCUACGAAAGAUCCGAUGAGUGGCUUGGUACGGUGCAGGACAGAUCGUCCGAUUUCUGCUGCAUGCAUGAACACGGAAGCCCACGCUGUCUGCAGCAGAUGCUUGGAAAUGGCAUUCCCUUAUGCGUUCUGCUUUCGUUUGUUUUGGUUCAUCUCAGGAUAUAUUAGUUUCUCUUGCGUGUUGUUGUUGCAAGCCUGCGUAUUUCAUUACGCCUGCUAAAUUUCCGUGGUGAUAGUGGUUGAGCUAGCAGAAGGAAGCUGUGGCAUAUUGUUGUAUUUAUUAAUGUUGCGUGUGUUGCGUAUUUAUUGAUGGCUGCCCAUGUUGCUGUAUACUAAGCUUCUGAUGCUUCUUUUUUUUUUCAACAAAAAGAACAUUCUAGAUGUUGGGUUGCUUCGUCAGAUGGGGCACUUCCAGAAAUGGGCGCAGGGCAUCGGUUCAGCAUUAUUCAGGGGGGCAUUUCCAACACCAAGGGACCAACCCUCCAGAGUCCGAUAUAUUCCUCUGCCCGAUCGUGCGCCUUACUUCAGAUUGAUGCCUGGCGACUUUUAAUUUGUUGACCUUUGUUCCUACUGCUCGUGCAUAGCAGCUUAUAGGGCUGCAGGGCUGGACUAUUCUGCUCUGAACUGUGAUCAUGGACUGACUGAGUCCCAACAGCCGCCUCAGGAGAUUACAUCUAUCUUUUCCUUUUUUCCCCCGACGAGUGGGCCUCAAUUGGUGAGAAUCCCAUCCACUGAGCGUUAGUGCUGCAAAUGGAUGGGAAGUGGGCUAGUUUUUGGUGUGUGUGUGUGUGUGUGUGCACUCAGGGAAUUACCAGAUCCUCUGUAGUAGAGGAAGGUCUGGGUGCCCCAUGUCCUUGUGGGUAUGUAACAACCACAAGUGCUCCCCCAUGCUCUCUCUCACUCUCUCCCUCUCAGUUUGGGCGCAGGCCGGCGGUUAAUGCUAGUCCUCUAGGCAAACACGGAGCUAAUCACUGUUGUUUCACGCAUGCUGAGCUGCCGCUCAUAAUCCCUGCGUCUGAAGCGUCUUUUGCGGAGAAAUCGGAUACAGCACCAUGUGAAGCAGAGCCGCGACCUCACUGGUGGCCCCUGCCCCUUAGCCUGGCCUUUGUUUUAACCCAGCGUGGUCCUUUUGUGUUUGCCUAUAUAAUCCAUAGAGAGACAAAGGAAGCAUUACCUUCUAUCCUGAUGGCCCUUCAUCACAGGGCCUACUAAACACUCCCACAGCACACACACACCCCUCUGCAAAGAAAGGCCCAUUUGUCUGGAGCAGAUCACUGCCCAGGAAUUCCCAUCUGAGACUCAGGGAUGGACCAUUCACAUGCAGCAGCCUUGGUUGGCGGCAGCGCUAUGGCAACGCGGACCCAUUCCACCCCACGGAGGGAAAAUCAAACUCUGAAUCUGUAAAGCAAACACUGUUUUGUGUAGGACCGCAUGUGGCCAUCCCGGCUGUCUUAAGCCCCAUUCAUGGCUGGGAUUUCCCAUCCAAGCACGGUGCUAAACAGUUUCUCGUCUCGUCUUGCACAGGCCGCUCCCCACUGCAGUCGCUUUUUUUUUUUUUGCGUUUAUCACAAGCUGGCCCUUGUCCACGAAGGCCUUCAGGUUUCAGAGGUGUUAAUGUCCAAGCUCAAGACAAGCUCUGCAACAAUAUGGCAACUCUCAACUCGCAGUGAGCCCGAUCCUGUCAGCCCUUAUUAGGUCUCAUCAAAGACCAUCAUCUUGAUGUCGUGUUUACUUGACAUUUUGACAAGUUCUCUGUUUUUCUCUGCAAAAGGUCUCACUGCCAUCUUCCACAGGUCCUGUGGUCAUGACCAAGCAACUGAAGCACUCAGAGUAUAAAUACAUUUUUCGAUUAUAGAUUUGUAGUCUAUAGUCGGACAAGGAAGCACUGUGCAUAACAGAACUUGGGACCAGUUUCUAUUCCUGCUAAUCUAUUGUUUUCAGGUUGUCAACCACUCUACGCAAUAAAUAUGCAGUUUAUUAAUUGUAAAGUAUUCCAGUGACAAUGAGCAUAUCAGACAGUAAUAGUUCAUUCAAUUACGAAAAAUAUUUUACUACAAGCUAUGUGCCAUUCAAAAAUCUUACCAAGAACAUCUGUGUUACUAUAGUGCUGGAAUGUAAAAAUCCAUAGCAGACUUCAAAAGGUAGCUGCACAGUGCGGUUUUGUAUUUUCACUGGAAUAAUGAUCUGAGCAUAUCUCAGAUAACUCCACAUAUUUAAUCACUGAACCAGGCACCGAUGAUCUUUUGAUCUACAUUUAAAUUCAGCGAGACUAUUCCCUGUGUCAAACAUAUCCAAUGUUGUCCCAGCACUUAAGAAUGAUUCUCUGCUUAAGGAUUGAUUUGCUGUCAAAACAGGUGAUUGUUCAUUAAAGGGAAUGAGGAAAAUGACGCAUUUAUCUCUCGGUAAAGAUGCUUUAGAAGCAAAGCAUGAAACACACAUUCACACACUUGUAUGGGAAAGUGAGUCACUAGCUGUGUCUAGGCCCCCUGUUAGCCUACUGUUGCUAAGGCCACGCUAACACUUUCUAGCUUCAGCGUCCCCAUGUAAAUCACCACCAACGUAAUGUCACGGCG